AUGGGUUUCACUUCGGCCGGACAAAUUGCUAUUAAUAGUUGGAGUGGUGGCAAUGUUGUCCUUACUGGACCUAUCGUUUCGCUCAAUUCAUGGACUCAUGUUGCAGCAACCUAUUCAUCAAGCAAUGGAGAACGACUGUAUGUCAAUGGUGCUCAAUAUGGUUCAUCGUCGAGUACUUACACUUUUUCCGCCAGUAGUGUUCCCAUGACGAUUACACUCGGAAAUUCACUGAGUGGAAUUGGAUAUUGUGCCACAGGCACGAUACAGAUGGGACAAUAUAGUGGGUCGUUAGACGAAUUUCGAGUCUAUGCACGUGAACUUACAGCAUCAGAAGUAUAUUCACUAGCACAUCCAUAA